CUCCCACGUCCUAAAUGCGAGAGAGGGAGAAAGGAGAGAGAGAGAGUCUGCUGUGGUGGCGUUGGAAAUCGGACGACAUGAGCUCUACAUGAACCGUGUAAAAUGCUUUAAGACGCUUUCGGCGUUUGUCUUUCAACCGUCUAAACCAAGGACGAGCCUGAAGCGGAGCUAUACUUCACGACCAGGUGUAACACUGUCUUAAGCCUGAGGGGGGCAGAAUGCCAGAGCAGAGCAACGACUAUCGUGUGGUGGUGUUCGGGGCGGGGGGAGUGGGGAAGAGCUCCCUGGUCCUGCGCUUUGUGAAGGGCACCUUCAGGGACACCUACAUCCCCACAGUGGAGGACACCUACCGCCAGGUGAUCAGCUGCGAUAAGAGCGUGUGCACCCUCCAGAUCACUGACACCACGGGGAGCCACCAGUUCCCAGCCAUGCAGCGCCUGUCCAUCUCGAAAGGCCACGCUUUCAUCCUGGUCUAUUCCAUCACGAGCAAACAGUCCCUGGAGGAGCUCAAACCCAUUUACCAACAGGUCUUGGCCAUAAAGGGUAACGUUGAGGCCAUUCCCAUCAUGCUUGUAGGCAACAAGAGCGAUGAGACCCAGCGAGAGGUGGAGACCAAGGACGGGGAAGCCCAGGCCAACCAGUGGAAGUGCGCUUUCAUGGAGACGUCGGCCAAGACCAACCACAACGUAACUGAGCUCUUCCAGGAGCUCCUCAACCUGGACAAGAAGAGGAACAUGAGCCUCAACAUCGAUGGCAAGCGCUCAGGGAAGCAGUCCCGCGCCGAGAGACUCAAGGGCAAAUGCAGCGUGAUGUAAAUCCAGGAGAGGAGGAGACUGGAGGUGGAGGCGAGAAAGGAGGGGGGAAAUACAGAGAAAAGGAGGAAAAGAAGGAAGACGAGAGAGAAGAGAGACUCACUAUAUGUAUCACUCAGAGCAAAAUGUCUGGAAGGCAACGGGAAUCUCAUCAUCCACAUCCUCCUCCAUUUGACUGGUGCAUUCACAAACACAACUCAGCAGUUAUUUUGAAAACAUACAGGAUUUCAGUUUGGAGCAUUACAUCCAUCCUGCUGCCACAGAAUAUCGAAAAGCAAAUUAAUAACAAGAGGUGUGUGUCAUGGAUGAACUACCUGUGGAUGCCAGCCAUAGUCGGAAACAGCGUGGGUGUGGACUUUUGCAUCAUCCGAGUGCCACAAAACCUAGCUGAGGAGCUCAUCAAGACCUUGGACUCCAAUAAAGACCACAGACUGCAGCAAAAAUGACUGAAGGUUUCUGAUGUACCCUUCCCUCCCUCCCCGCUCAGCUCACACUAUAACUCCCCCUCGUCAUCCCAGCACCCUCAUCCUUCGCAUACCCUCUACUAUAACAAAUAUAGAGAAACAUAAUGUAUAUGUAACAGAGUCGACACAGUUAGUUAAGCUCAGUCAUCUGAUAGAAACACUAUUUUAAGAGACUGAGGUGUCCAUCAUGCUAGAAAGCACAGGACCCCGAAGGUUUGAGGCUCCUAGCAUGAACGACACGCAUUACAGCAGCAAAACAUACAACCCAGCUACAUCCCAGAGCCACUCCUGAGGACUCUGAUGUAUAUAAACAUGGGAUAUUUAAAUAUAUUUGAAUUAGUCUACACAUGCCCUGCCCAAACGAGUAUAUCAGUCACAGGAAUAUGCUGACGUUAGAAGCAUUAAAGCUUAAAUUUUUAGCUAGAGGACAAAUCUUCUCAUUUUCACGUCCUAACCAUCCUUCCUGAAGGUAAAAAAAGACCCUACUUUACCUUUAUCAAGCUGGCGUUAUGUUAAAAACUCAUCUGGGAACUCUCUAAAUGUCUUCAUCUGAAGUGGAGAAGCAUCCAGCAGCAGGGUAUGCACACACGCUACUGAUACGACGCAACAAUCCUUUUAAGACUCUCAUCUGGUGUAGAAUCACUCUGGAUGAAAAGAAGCUGGACUCUCAUCAAAAUACGAAACAGAAAUACAAGUCUGCCUUGUCUAAGAGGAUGAUACACUUAGAUAAUCAUUGCCAAGAUGGUAACGAAAGUGAACUGGGAUGAUUUUUGGUUCUGAGGUCGAGAAUGUCAGUUUGCUUUGGCACUUUUCAUGUGAAGGUUUCUCUUCUUUUGCCUUUUUUGUUUGUUUGUUUGCUUCAUGAUGCUCUUUAAAUUAAUGUAAAAAAACCCUCCUUAAACAAAAAGCACACAGAGAAAGAUAAAUAAAUAAGGGAUGGAUGUAAAAUUGCUCCAUGCAGAUUAUUCAGUGCGACCUGAAUCGGUAAUUCUGUUUCCUCUCGGGUUGGUUUGGUCACAUUACCUCUCAUACACGCUCAUGCAGGCAUCGGUUAACAGGAAACAGAAUGGGUCACACACACAUAUACACACACAGCAUGCGCACAAAUGCAUUCAUGCAAGUGUCAAAAAAUAAAAGUCAAUCUGAGUAACACAUUUGACUGAUUACAUGAAGACAAACAGGGCUCACUCAGCCUAAAUGCCCUCACAUUGCACUUUAUAUCAUAAACACACACCCACACAAACACAAACAACUGUAAUUUGUCGUGUUUUUGCCUAUAUUAUGUAUUAAUGAUCUCCGCUUAACACAGAAUAUCCUCCUGGAGUCAUUUAAUAGCUCUACUGUAUGUCACCCUUUUUUCACACAGGAGCUCUGACUAUUGUACACAGUGUACACAAGACAGCCAAAAGCACAAUACUUUUUUACCGACAUAUCUAUUUGUACAUUUGUUUGUGUUUCUUUUUUGUAUAUUGUUUCCUUUUUGUCUUCUUUGUGCAAUUUUCAUCUUUUAACAUUUAUUCACCAGUCCUGAACAUGGAGGAACAAUCGCAUCAUGAUCACAGAUAGCUCUCCGUCUCGAUAAAAGUGUUUUAUUUGUCCUGGUACAUGGCACAAUGAGGUUGUGGUUCUGCUGAACAACAGGGUAUCGUGAUGUGACCGGUUAGCUGUGGUCAUGAAGCGUGUAAAUGUGACCUCACCUCACAGGAUCAUAGCUCGUAGGACGCAGAGAAGGGUCAGAUUAUUUUGUCUACAUUUCUCCAUCUCUCAGGCGGUUUUUAACAACAAUUUGGGUGGAGGAUAAUCUGCUCCAGUACUGUUAAACCCAAAGACACAGAUGAUGCCCCUUUUAACUGUGUGUCCAUCUCUUUGGAAAAAAAGAAAAAGCACAGCAAAUAUUUUCAUCUGUCGCCUUCUGUCUUUAUGUGUGCAGCAGAAUCAACAACUGGGCACUUUAGGGUGACAUUCUACUUGAAGACUUGCUUACUAAUCAGCAAUGCCUCAUUUAUAAGCACCAUGUAAAAUGUUCCUCCUACAUUACUCACGCUACUCACAUAAAAACUACUUCAAAUGUGUAGUUUUUGUAAAUAAGCAUAUGGUAGUUGAAUGAAAUGUUUAUAAGAGCUUCAAGUAAGAUGUUACCCAUGUAAAGAAAAACUGUACCCACUGUCUUUCUGGGAAUAAGUCCUUUGUAACCAGGAAAUGAUGUUACACUAAGAGGUUCGAUGUUGCUAUGUACUAUGAUAUACAGCUUAAUAAUGAUGCUCAUGAUAUAUUGUAUUUGACACAUCCUCUCUUCAGAUCUAUCAGUCAGAUAAUACUAGCAAAAUGUGAAUAUGUAACUAAAGGUUCCACUCCAUGGCUGUUACUUUUUUAUUUUGAAAGCUGAAUGAAUCUGUUAUUAUCAAUGUGUUGUACUUUUGCACUAAUGUGAGGUCCUGUUAAACUCAAAGAUUUGCAUUGUAAACGUACCCUUUACCUGUUAAAUACCAGGGAUGCUCACUCGUACUCUUUCAUUUUCUUUUUUUCAUCAGUUUAUAUUUUAAAAAACAAGUUGUAUUUGAAAUUGUUUGUCUUGGUUUGUAUUAGCCUGUUAAGAUACCAGAAGGAUGGAAUGAUUUCUGUCAUGUACAUACCUGAUGUGUCCAUCUAAAGGUUAAAAAGCUAAAACUUUUUUUUUUUAAAGCUGUAAAUGAUCCGUACAACUUUCAGACAGUUCGUGUCUGAUCUGAUGUGUAGCUACCGGCAGUGGUGAUGCACACACACUGCAUAAAUAUGAGCUUGACAUGUCUGUUCGCUUCACGCAAACGCCAGAUUGCGAGUGCAUGUUUGUGCAAUCUGUUGUUCUGCUGACGUCUACAGGAGGCUGUCGUUGCUCAUGUUCCUGCGUGGAAUAUGAUACAGCAGGGAGGAAAAACAAUGAGACAGCAUGCGAGAUCAGUAUGGACAGCAAGCUGGAGCGAGAGAGGGUGCUGUGCUGUUCAUAGUAAUAGUGUGAAAAUAUGGGCCGUGGCCUGUGUAGGAUUCAAAUGUGUUUGCAUGUGGGGAGGUGUGCAUGGGAAGUGUGUGAGCGUCCGUUGAGUUUUCUGAGCUGUGUGAGUUAAAUGUUGGCAUGAAUCAGGACAGACACCUCUGCCCCCAUCCUCCCAUGGUUUGUCUCAUCUCAUUUGUCAAUGAAGCAUAUUCACUGCUGCUGUCUGUGUCUGUGUGUGACCAUGAGUGCAUCCAUGUAUGUGUGCAAUCAGCCACCUAUUUGCAUUCCUUCAUUCUGGCCUGCAUGUUUGUGUGCUGUUGUUGUACCAUCUUAUGAAAUGUCUGUCAAAUAUUUGAAGCUUUCCUGUAGAGAAUGCCUACACAUUUCUGCAUGAGUCAUCCUGCACUGCUCAAACACGUCCCUAUACACACACACACACACACACACACAAACACAAACAAGCAUAUAAAACAGGUGUGGAGGCAAAAUAGACAGACCGCAUGCAAUUAGUUGCACACACAUACUUAUACACAUUACAUUCACACAGGCCUUGUCAGUGAGACCUUAUUUGCUCGCUGGCUGUUUUUCUGCUCUGCGCUGUUGUACAAGCACCACUGUCAGCAUUACUUCUCCAUAAAUCAGCUGUCCUCCCCCUGAAAAGUUUCUUUUACAUUAAUCCCUCUGAUUUUUUGUGAGUCGGUUGCACUUGAACAGACUGAAGGUCGACCCUGCUCACAUCUGAUUGUAGAUAGUUGUAAAUAGUGUUCAAAGUACUUAAUAUUUCAGAGAUGAGAGAGUGUGCAGAGGGAAGGAUGCUGUGGUGGGAAGGUGCUGUCACCUGCUCUUCUUAUACUCAAAGCGUCUAAUUAGAAGUAACACAGCAAAAGUAAGAGUUUCCUUCAGAGGUGAUUUUAUGUCAAUUUCACCAGUUGUCAGGAAGCCGUUAAAACUUUGGGCUUUUUCCAAAGUAUGCUUUAAUUUUCUCUGCAAGAAAAACAGCUAAUUAACUUUAAAUGAGGAAACUAUGGAGGCCCAACAUGUUCAGUAUUAGAUUAAUUAAAUAAGUUAAUUAAUCUUAAUAAUGUUGUAAAAUGAAUAAUCAUAUAACUAAAAAUGUAUAAUAAAACCAUGAAAUUCUGAAAUAAUCAGAAUAGUAAAUAAUAAUAGUGUUUAUUGCAAGUAGGCUAAUUUUUUAAAUCUAAUUCAGCAUUUUUUUAUUUCCAAAUUUCAGUUUUAAAAAGUCUCUUUUUAAUUUGUUAUUUUUAUUUCAUAAUGUCAUAUUUCUUUUUUUAAUAUUGAGCACUUUGGGUCUCCAUAGAUAUCUACAUAGGCAGCACCUAAAUUUUGAUUAGGACCAGGCGAAGUUCACCUCACCUUGUUUGCCGUCAGUGAGGUCUUAAUCGUCAUGUUGCUGACGAGUCUCGUAUAGCAGAGGAAGCGUGGUUCACAUCUGUUCUUCCAUAGCAGGAUGGAGAACAUGACCCUGUGAUGCUGAAACAAAGGACAGUAAAAUCUAAAUAUGCAGGAAAGGUUGUAGUUUUUCUAAUCUAAUGAAGGUAUGUUCCUUAAACUAAUUUCUACAACCAGGACAGGUUACAGUCCUGUUGAGUCAAGCUAAGAGGCAGAGGAUCUGAAGGAAAUCAGUGUUGGAGGUGGAAAACUGACCCUGUUAACCUCUCUGGCUCACCCCUUUACAUCUUGUCUGAUCACCUCAGAUCCUGACAAGCUGUUUUUUGUGGACAGGGUGCAUAAAGUGGGGCAUAUAGACUUUGUGGGUAAGUAGUUUGGUACUAUCCUGUCGCUCUGGCCCUUCAUUCCUGCAUGGUCCCUAUUGGUGUUCCAGCCAGCAUGAGAACAAGGACACAAACUGUGAAUCAUCUUUGUAUUUUUUAAAUAAAUUCCUCAGCAGCAUUUACGACUUCAGUUUUGCAAAUGGUUUAUUUCUUUUAAGUACUGUUUUUUGUAAAUUAUUCUAUUGUUUUGUUUUUCUGUUGGGACUUUUUUUUAUUUAAUUAUGAUGUAUAGAUAUUUAUUCUAGCAAUAGUCUUCCUAUUAAGAUAUACUGUGCUGAUGCAUCCUCUGAAUAACUGAAAGUAACACACACACACACACACACACACAUAUAUAUAUAUAUAGAUGAUAAUAAUAAUCAAAUCUGCAAAAUGAUUUUCCUAAUAAAAAUGUGAACUGAG